AUGACCUGGUUCGCGAUAUCCGAUCCGCACAUGUCGGUCUCAAGAACGACCUGGUGCCUGUGGGGCCAUGGGAAGGAACAGAAGGUAAGGAGAUCUUUAUCGGCGUGGGAAUGGCGACUCACAUGGCUAGCGUACGAAUCAUAUCCUUCGCCCAAUUCGGCCGUGCUGCCGAGUCGAACUCGACUGUUGAUAAACUCGCCCGUCGAAGACUUCAAUACGCUGCCAGGUGACGAUGACGAUGACAGCUUGGAGGUCAUGUCGGUGGGCAGUGGCAGUAACAGUGGCUCCGACUCCUCUGGGACGAUCUCCAUAAUGAGUAUGCAGCGGCCAGCUGUUGAUAUCUUCGUGGAGAGAUUCGUAGAUGCGUUCAGUCCCGAGGUGGACGUGAAGUCCGGACGAGCGGGUGCUUUGCGAGCUGCGGCUGGGAUUCGCAUGUUCUCACCACUUAUCACAGAUGCUUUUGAGGCUGUCUCGGUGGCCUUCUUUGGUCGUUCCGUGCAGAACAAACAGAUUGAAGCGUCUGGGUUCCGGCUGUAUCCCCGCGUUCUACGUGGGUUGCAAGACGCAUUGGUAGACCCGGAAAAGUGCAAUGCCGAGUCAACACUGGUCACUGUGAUCCUUCUGCUGGCAUUUGAAAGUGUCGAACGCACAACUCAAAGCGGCGUUUCAGCCCACGUUCGAGGAGCAGUGCGGUUGAUUGAACAUCGUGGACCGGAAAAUCACAUGUACGGAGUUGAGCAUCUCUUGUUCACUGAACUCCGACCAUACUGGAUUGGUGGCGCUUUGGCUGCCCGACAACCCUCAUUCCUCGCUCGUGAAGAGUGGAAAACCAUUCCCUGGUCGGCCGGUACGACUAAGAAGGAUUUCCUCCACCACUUGCUCGAUCUUGCAGCCGAUGUUCCCGGCUACCUCGCGCUCUCCGAUGCCUUCAAAAACACACAAAAGACGUCCGUCAUGGGCGCACAGGAAAUGGCCGUCAAACAAUCUACGAUGUGGAAUGGUAUCGGUGAACUAACAUACAAGUUCCAACAAUGGUACGAGGAUUGGGUGCUCACAUACCCCGAUGGGCCACCACAAGAGGUCGAACAAACGGGAGACCAAGGAUUCCCUAUAUUCCGCCGGCGUGAUCUCCGUACUGGGGCUACUUUUACCCCGACCCGCUUUGCCCAUCCGAACCUCCUCAUGGCGCAGACCAUGUGUCUCUAUUACUCUUUCCGCCUCAUUCUAUCUUCAGUGGACAACCGACCUCACGAUCGCGUGUCGCCCAUGGAGCAGUAUGAGCUGGGUUGUGGAAUUUGCCGUUCACUGGAAUUCUACAUCCUCACUGCACCAGGCAACAUGAUUAACCGCCUUGCGUUCCCUACGCGGGUGGCUUGGGAAGCGUUCCCUGACGGAGGCCCCGAGCGCCAGUUUAUGAUUGAAGUGCUCCACCUGGUUGAGAAGCGGCAUUCCCUGGGGCUCUGGGGCAGUGCCAUGCCCGAGCUAUCGACGCGAGAAUCUUCACCACUAAACACGGGUAGUCCGUAA